ACGCGUCCUACAUUUUGUUCAUGUUAUGAUGGGGAGAUAUCACCGCCCAAUUAAUUACAUAAACUAUAUUACGGAGGCAGAAUGGAUUACAAAAUGAUAUGAUGCGCGUAAACGGCAUUAGUCGGAUUCCGUUAAGAUGGCCGCCUCCAGUGCAGUGAUAUCUAUGUCAAAAAUCAUUAAACCCAUUUGGGGUGGACGGUUGGCAACGACAGCAAAAGUGUUUGGAGCCACAGUGAGCAGUCGCAGAGAGAAGUCAACAGUAGGACAAAUCAUUCCCCCUCCUGCGAAGUAUGGUGGCAGACACACUGUAACUCUGAUACCUGGAGAUGGUAUUGGACCAGAAUUGCUCAAUCACGUAAAGGAGCUCUUCAGGUUCAGCUGUGUACCUGUGGACUUUGAGGUUGUGAACGUCAGCUCAGCUACCGAGGAUGACAUCAACAACGCCAUCACAGCCAUCCGCCGUAACGGAGUGGCCCUCAAAGGUAACAUUGAGACCCUCCAUACCCUGCCUGCUUCCCACAAGUCCAGAAACAACCUCCUCCGCACCAGUCUGGACCUGUAUGCCAACGUGAUGCACUGUAAAUCCCUCCCUGGAGUUCAGACUCGCCACAACAACAUUGACAUCAUGAUCAUCAGGGAGAACACUGAGGGAGAGUACAGCAGUCUGGAGCAUGAGAGUGUAUCAGGGGUGGUGGAGUGUCUCAAGAUCAUCACCCGGACUAAUUCCCUGAGAAUCGCUGAGUAUGCCUUUAAAUUGGCCCGGGAGAAAGGUCGCAAGAGGGUCACUGCAGUUCACAAGGCCAACAUCAUGAAGCUGGGAGAUGGUCUGUUCCUGCAGUGCUGUCGAGAGGUGGCUGCUGGGUACCCUGACAUUGCCUUCGACGCCAUGAUAGUCGACAACACCACCAUGCAGCUGGUGUCUAAGCCCCAGCAGUUUGACGUUAUGGUGAUGCCCAACCUGUAUGGUAAUGUGGUUAGCAAUGUGUGUGCUGGCCUGGUGGGGGGACCAGGGCUGGUGCCAGGGGCCAACUAUGGCCGUGACUAUGCUGUCUUCGAAACGGCCACCAGGAACACAGGGAAGAGUAUUGCUGACAGGAACAUUGCUAACCCCACUGCAAUGCUACUGGCCAGCUGCAUGAUGCUAGAUCACCUCAAGCUCCACGAUUAUGCCACUAUGAUCAGGAAUGCAGUCCUUACGACCAUGAACGAGACUCGGUUGCACACAGCUGACAUCGGGGGGCAGGGCACCACCUCUGAGGUGGUUCAGGCGAUCAUGAGAAACAUCCAGAGCAAGGGGCCUCUCACCAGCGAGCUCUGAACACGUACUUCGACCACACACAUCAAGUCAAUGCUGCUGGAUAACAUACAAAUCCUUGGUGUGUCUCGUAUAUUUGAACAACUGUGUGCCGUAUGAGAGAGUGGGGGUGUGCUUGUGCAUGUUUAUUUCCAUAGUAAUGCUCCUCCGUCUUGCCUGUAAAAACACACACACACACCCCUUUCAGACGAAUUCAUCACUUUACAUUUGUACAGUUUAGUCAUUUAGCAGACACUGUUAUCCAGAUCAACUUAUAGUAGUGAGUGCAUACAUUUUCGUACUAGUCCCCUGUGGGACUCGAACCCAAAACCCUGGUGUUGCAAGUGUUAUGCUCCACCAGCUGAGCCACACUGGACCAUGUUAUCUAAUCCUCUGCAUGCCUUUCAUUCAUUCAUGUCUUUCAGUGUUAUUUCAAUUUAACACCAUUCUGUCUUUCCAUAACCAUUCCCUGGCUGUUUCAAGCACAUUUAACAUUUGAGCGUAAACAAAGGAAGUAGGAGGCUCAAGCUGCAUCUGUAAUAGCAUGCUGUAGUGAAGUAGUAACAGCUAGGAUCUGUCUCUUGGGUUUAACUGCAGCACUUUAUAGCAACUCUCUGCUAGGUUCAUCCUACAUCCCAGCACAUGAUGGCCUAGACAGCAACAGCUCCACUUAAACGUAUCGUAUGCAGAUAAUGUGUUUGUGUGAUUUAUAUUUGAGCGACUGUUUCUUAGGUAUAUCGGUUCACUGCAGACUUUUGAGACUUGAAACGGUUAUACUGUCGACCUAUUUUCCUAAUUGCGAUAUAUCGUACAGUAGAAAAUAAAGUGUGUAAACUGUUAUGUUUCUUACGGUACUGCAAUGUUGCUGAAAGAUUUUAUACGGUUUUAUGUUCUUCUCGCAGUCCAGCGCUUAGCUUUACGUCUACAGGUAGCCUGGCGGGUAGAGGCGCUGAUUCAGAGGGGUGGGGUUACAUUUUCAGUUGAAUGAUUUCAGUUGCACAACUGACAGGGUAUCCCACCCUUUCUCUGUCUCAAAUCAGUUUAUUUGUGACGUGCGCCGAAUACAACAGGUGUAGUAGACCUUACAGUGAAAUGCUUACUUACAGGCUCUAACCAAUAGUGCAAAAAAGGUGUUAGGUGAACAAUAGGUAAGUAAAGAAAUAAACCAACAGUAAAAAGACAGGCUAUAUACAGUAGCGAGGCUACAUACAGACACCGCUUAGUCAGGCUGAUUGAGUUAGUAUGGACAUGUAGAUAUGGUGAACAGAGUUCUGUUAAAAUAGGGGUUGGCGGGUGGCCCGAUUAGCCAAUGUGCGGGAGCACUGGUUGGUAGGCCCAAUUGAGGUAGUAUGUACAUGAAUGUAUAGUUAAAGUGACUAUGCAUAAAUGAUAAAACAGUAGCAGCCGCGUAAAAAGAGGGGUUGGGGGGGACACUUUAUCUGUGACUAUCAGAUGUAUCUUUCCCACAGAUACCAAAGUCUUAUGAUUUACCAAUGUCCUUUCUGUGGUUUUGAAAUCAAUUUAAGUACGCUUUAAAUUGCCUUAAAACUGCAAUAUGUAACUUUUUGGGCGACCUGACCAAAUUCACGUAGAAAUGUUAUAAAUCUAAUUAUCGUUGAAAGCAAGUCUAAAAGUGGUAGAUCUGUUCUUUUUAUAUGCUUCCAGUUCUUAAGUUUUGUUUUUGCGUCUUUUACUUUCGGUUUUGUACACCAGCUGAAAAUACAAUAUUUUUGUUUAUGGAAAAUAUAUAUCACCGCGGUUUAGAUGGUACAAUGAUUCUCUACACUAUACUAAUUAGGUGAACUAUUAGAAUUUUAGCAACCAGGAAAUGGAGUGCAUCUGUAAGGUUUUUGUUAUACUGGUCUAUAACUUCUCAUCUUUGUCUGUUACAGACUGUCUUUAUAUGAACAUCUCAGAACUCUACCCUGAAAUAUAUGUUGUUGCUAUACUCUGAUAUAUAUAUAUAUAUAUAUAUAUAUAUAUAUAUAUACUCUGAUAUAUAUAUAUCAGAGUAUCAGAGUAUAUAUAUAUAUAUGCAUAUAUCUCUGUAUUGUUUUAAAAAACAACCAUUGUGUUGUGCCACUAAUACCUACAUUGAGUGUACAAACCAUUAAGAACACCUUCCUAAUAUUGAGUUGAACCCCCUUUUACCCUCAGAAUGUCUUACAUUUGUCAGGGCAUGGACUCUACAAGUUUUCAAGUGUUCCACAGGUCUGCUGGCCCAUGUUGAUUCCAAUACUUCCCACAUUUAUUUCAAGUUGGCUGGAUAUCCUUUGAGUAGUGGACCACUCUUGAUACACACAGGAUACUGUUGAGCAUGAAAACCCCAGCAGCGUUACAGUUCUUGACACACUCAACCAGUGGGCCUGGCACCUACUACCAUACAGUGUUCAAUUUUUUGUCUUCCCCAUUCACCCUCAAUGGCCCACAUAUACAAUCUUUGUCUCAAGGUUUACAAAUCCUUCUUUAACCUGUCUUGUCCCCUUAAUCUACAACGAUUGAAGUGGAUUUAACAGGUGACAUCAGUAAGGGAUCAUAACUUUCACUUGAUCAGUCUGUGUCAUGGAAGGAGCUGGUGUUCUUAAUGUUUUGUACACUCUGGGUAUUUACUGUCUCUAAACUUAGUGGUUGAAAUUUAGAGUUAACAGUACAUUAACCUGCUAAAUUAAAUGGGAUUUGUUUUGGUUUCAUAUACUAUAGCUGUGGCUGGAUUCAUGAAAUUAGCAUUGUUAUUGAUCAAAUAAAAAUGUAUAUCUAA